AUGCUCCUCCUACAAUCACUUUUACUUCCUCUGGCGGCUGUCUUGGUGGCGGGAGCCCAAGGAAGAGCAGGAGGAGCCUUCAUCAUCGAGUUGGAUGAGAAGACAACGACUCUUGACGCGUUCACCGAGAAUGCUCGUGGUAUCAACUAUACCGUCCGCCGCACUUUCAACACUAGUGGAAUUUUUACUGGAUUAUCCGUCGACAUAUUUGAUGGGAGUGAUUUGGAGGCGGUAAAGUCGAGCUUCUCGGCGAUUCCUGGCGUUAUCGGCGUUGCCAAUAUUGUCCAAUAUGAGUUACCACCAGUUAAAAGUAAUUCGAUAGCUUCUCCAGACGACCUCUCAUCACUCGCGAGGCGAGGAGAUUUCUCAUCGCUUACACGACGGGGAGAUAGUUCCGAAGACUUGGGAUUCACCCUCCGAAUGGGCGGUGUUGACAAAGCUCAUGCUGCGGGCUUUAAGGGAAAGGGCGUUAAAAUUGGCUUUGUUGAUACCGGCAUUUAUUAUAAACACCCAGCUCUCGGUGGAGGUUUCGGUCCUGGAAAAAAGGUUGCUGGGGGCUACUCUUUUAUUUCAGAUGCAGGAGUCUUGAUUGAAAGCGGCGACCCGUACUCUGAUUGUCCCCAAUCAGAUCAUGCGACGCAUGUAGCAGGAAUCUUGGGCAUGGACGCAUUGCAACUUCCCAACGGCUUCCCUAUAUCUGGCGUAGCUCCUGAUGCAUCUUUGUAUGCCUAUCGCAUUUUCGGCUGCACUGGUGCGGGAGGGGCGCGACCAGGCGGAUCGAGUGACCUUGUUUUGGCGGCGAUGCUCAAAGCUAUGGAUGAUGGCGUUGAUGUUAUCAGCAUGUCUUUGUCUCUUCCUGAGGGCAUGGUUGGGUCACUACCAACGUAUGACCCCGUAGCAAGUGCAGCACAACAAAUCAAAGACUCUGGCAUUGCUAUUGUUGUCGCCAUGGGAAAUGACGCAUCUCAGUCACAGAACGCGGACAACCUCUAUCAUGAGACGCUCCCCAGUGAAUUAACAAGCAUUAUUUCAGUUGGCGCAGUUGCCAACUCGAACUUCCCACUCAUCUACACAGCGACAGAUGAAUUCGGUGCAGAGAUCCAUUAUUCAUCAGUGUAUCCCAUUUCGGCUCCUCCCGCUGGACUUGACGUCUACUUCCUCACGGGUAGCUCAUGUGGGUCGUUCGAUUGGGAUUCAAUAUUUGAUGAGAUUCAGACAUCAGGGGACCUCAGCACUACCAUCAUCGCUCUUAGUGUUUCCGGCAGCUGUCCGCUGACAGAUGUCGUGUGCUGCGGCACCACAAGCCCACCUUACUUAUUCGGCUUUUAUAACAGCAGCACAAAUCCUUUUUACAAAGACUACGAAGGUAUUUUGCCUUACCGAUUUAAUAACGGAAGUACCAAACCAUUUACCGUGAUCGAACCCGAUUCCGAUGUAUUUUACAGCAACUACGUCAAGGCUGGAGGAUAUAAGAAGUACAAGUUACUCUUUAAUGACUCGACUUAUAUCAAUCCUCCGAUGAGCAUUGGCGGAAUGGUGGAUGGAUAUAGCAACUGGGGACCGCUCAGGCGUACAUUUGAGCUCAAGCCUCAGAUUGUGGCUCCUGGUGGCCAUAUUCUUUCCACAUUCCCAGAGAGUAUUGGUAGCUACGGCAUUAUUUCUGGAACGUCUAUGGCAACACCGUACAUCGCCGGCUGUUAUGCGCUAGUCAAAGCCCAGUUUCCUCAUCUAUCAGUCGACGAGAUCUUGAUUUCUUUGCAAACCACGGCUAGGCCAACUGCUUGGAUAUGGAACACAAGCAUGUUAGCAACCACUGCUCAACAGGGAGCUGGCCUAGUCAAUGUUUACGAUGCCAUCACAUCAGCAACACAUGUGUCUCUUGGGCAGCUGGCUGUUACAGACAACAACCGCACUUCGUUUGGUUUAGUUAACUUCACCGUCCAAAAUAGUGGGAAAACCACCCAAAGAUAUAAGCUCGGCCAUCGUCCAGCAGGAUAUGUGUAUGAGAGAGUCGGCUAUCCCGAGGUGAACCAACUUCCCAGUUUCGGGUCAGUACAGUUUGCGGAGCCUACCUUCAAGCUAAGGCCCGGUGAGACAAAAGAGAUAGCUCUGCGUCUGUCUCCUCCAAAUCUCGCCGUCAGCAUAGCCCGGUUGCCCCUCUUCUCGGGCUAUAUUGAUAUAGUCCCAGGUGAGGGGGCAAAUCUCAGCAUCCCAUACGUUGGUCCGGCUUACUCGCCGUACAAUAUGGACUACAUAUUUUUCCUGGCAGCCACAGCCACUUCUCCGGGUCUUCCUUGGCUCUCAUUCCCAGACAAAAGUGGUAACAGCAAUUAUAAUGAUGGCUUUUCUGCUGUACAAUGGUCUGCCUCAUAUGCCUUUAGCCUAUCCAACCAGGGAUGGACCACGCUCUUGAGGGCCGAUAUUGUUCCAGCAAACACCACCCUUACAGCACGCGUCAAUGCUGCCAACUUCACUGUCCCUGCCAAUUAUACAUACCUUCCUUCUACUAAUGAGCCUAGCUCGACUCUAUUUGGCAAGCCAAGCUACGGUAGUAUCUGGAUAACUAAAGGGCUCUGGCAACCAUCGAGCAGUGUCUAUAUCCAAGGCAAAAAUCUCACGGUGACAACCGACAGCGGUGCAAAUGUUACACUUGGCUCUGGUGACUACCGGUGGUUUUUUAGCGUGUUGAGGUGGGGUGGCGACGAGACGCAGCCCGAAGAUUAUGACACUUAUCUGGGCCCCAUUGUUCGGCUGCUUGACUGA